AUGGUACGCAUAAAGGAGAGAUAUCUUCUCGUCAAUAUACUCUAUCCACCCGAGUCCGCCAACAAGCACAAAUCUGCCGUGCCGUCCUUUGUGGUGCAGCAUCAACCCACAGUGGAAAACCUUACGGCCCAGCUUCUUUUAAAGGCCAUUCGCAACGACGUCUCUCUGCUAUUUGGUGACCAUGGCUUAGGGGCUCUUGGCGGAAACUUGGCAGUCAAAUACUUGUCCCUGGCAACGUCAACCAUCAUUCUAAAGUGCCACAGGGAGCACUACCGCAUGCUUUGGGCCGCGCUCACCCUCAUGGACCAUGUCCCGGUCAAGGAUGGACGCCCAUGUAUUUUUCGCGUCGUGCGAGUGAGCGGCACCAUACGGAAGGCUGAGGAGGAAGCAAUUCGUCAAGCACGGGCUCUGAUACUAGCAGCCAAAGACGGCAAUGCCCUCAGUGCAUUUUUACCUGUCGAGUCAGUCGACAACCACACAGAAGAUGACGAAGAGGUUCAAGUAGAGGAUGAAGAUGUUGAAAUGGUCAGCGACGACGGCUGA